AUGGCAGUUUUGCCAGAUCAAGAAUUUGUGGUUAGAGUUCUAGAGGGAAUCAUUGGAAAAGAAGGGAGCUCAUCGUUGAGGAAUGGAAUGCCGGAAAUCAAGAUUAUGACAGGGCUGCAGUAUGGUGUGGAUAAGGUCAAGUGUCUUCGGGUAACUGUGCUUCUGACAUCCUUCCUUAUGGUUUUGGGAACUGGUCUAAGGUGCAUACCAAUAUCAGACUUACUGCUUAAAAGAAGAUUAAUCCAUGCAGGACAGAUCUUAAAUGGAAUGGCAGGCCCAACCGUCAUGAACGCAGCGCCAUUCCUCUCCACGACAUGGUUUUCUGCAGAUGAACGGGCUACGGCCACAGCUAUUGCAUCAAUGCUCAGUUAUCUUGGUGGGGCAUGCGCAUUUUUAGUCGGCCCACUUGUCGUUCCAGCUCCCAAUGGAACCUCACCUCUUCUUGCUGCAGAGAAUAGCAGGGCUCAUAUUAAGGAUCGUAUAGAGACUGUAUUAUAUGCAGAAUUUGGAUUUGUCUGCUUAAUAUUUUCUGCAACACUGGCAUAUUUCCCACCUCGGCCUCCUCUCCCCCCAAGCGUUGCUGCAGCCAGCCAGCGACUGAGUUACAGGCGGAGCUUCUGUAGAUUAUUAAGCAAUUUGAGAUUUUUGAUGAUUGCUUUAGCAUAUGCCAUUCCACUUGGUGUAUUUUCUGGCUGGUCUGGAGUUCUGGACUUAAUUUUAACGCCAGUGCAUGUCAGCCAGGUAGAUGCUGGCUGGAUUGGAUUUUGGUCCAUAGUUGGAGGCUGUGUUGUUGGAAUAGCUAUGGCAAGGUUUGCAGAUUUUAUCAGGGGUAUGCUGAAACUAAUCCUCCUCCUCCUCUUCUCUGGGGCUACACUGUCAUCCACAUGGUUUACCUUGACCUGUUUGAACAGCAUCACACACCUGCCUUCAACCACAGUGACAUUGUACGCCUCCUGUAUUCUCCUGGGAGUGUUCUUGAAUAGCAGCGUACCCAUAUUUUUUGAACUCUUUGUGGAAACUGUCUACCCAGUUCCAGAAGGAAUUACUUGUGGAGUUGUCACUUUUUUAAGUAAUAUAUUCAUGGGAGUACUUUUAUUUUUCCUCACAUUUUAUCAUACAGAGCUGUCUUGGUUCAACUGGUGCCUUCCCGGGUCAUGUUUGCUCAGUCUCCUCCUCAUUCUGUGCUUCAGGGAAUCCUAUGACAGACUCUAUCUUGAUGUGGUUGUCUCGGUUUAAUAGCACAGACUUGACGGAGUUUAAAGGAAGACUGGGACUCAGUACCGCACACCGCACGUUUGCUUGGAAUUGCACAUCUAACAGAGAUAAAAAGAGAAGAAAGGAACUUCAUUCAGAGGUUUCCUUGGGUUACAGAUAUCACAUUAAUUGAAUUACUACCAGGUAAUUAUAAUGCAGGACGUGAGUGGUGAUGGGGGUUUAAGCUCUGCAAGUGGCAUGCCGUGCCUGAUUCUGCGGUCACGAGUACGCCGUCUUACACACGAAGCACUACCUAAGUAAUUCCCUCCGUGCUCUGUGCCCAUGCUCAGCUACUGACCAACUGUAAUUAUGAAGGCAAGGGUGUCCUUCACUUGAAGAUAACUCCCGACCUAAGUCAUAUCAGAAUAGGAAGAAAUGCCACUAACUUCUGGCAAAGUUUAAACCCCGUACCAGAUUUUAAUUCUAAAAUAGCCAAGAGGUAUAUUGAUGAUAGAAAUUAGCCACAUGUACACUACUUUUUUCCCCCUAAUAAAGCCAUUUCUUAUAUGACUCCUUAUUUUUAACCAGGCCCGAGCCUUUGGCUGUCUUUGUUAUGGUGAUCAAGUGCUCUCCAGUGACUUCAGAGCACAGGCACUGUGUCUCCAGCUCUCCGUCCCCUGUCUGUGAAAUGCAGUUUCGUCUACUAGGCCCUUAAGUAAUUAUGUAUUAAGGUGACUAAAUGUGUGAUACAGUCACAUUAAAUAUUGUAUGAAAAGUAUAAUUCUGCUAUGAUUUAGUACUUGGUUAAGAGUGAGAUGACGCGUCACACAGAACCUGCCGUGUCUUCAGCCUAAUGUGGUGGCCUGAGAUAUAAAGUCCAGUGCUGGUGUUAUUUAUUGGGGUUAGAUUUUAUUAAAUGACCCUUGUUUGAAAAGAACAAUUUGUAUGACCUUAAAACCUUCAGAUCCGUUG